AUGGACAGCAACAACAAUGGCAACCGGUUCUAUUUGAACCUGAAUAAUGACCGCCAAGCAUACCCUGACCGUACCUAUCCAACUACCCCAUCCACCUUCCCGAACCCAAUAUUCCCGAGUCAGGCACAAGGUGGUGGUCAACAAGCACAGGCUCAGAGUUCUCAGCAGCAGCAGCAACAGCCAUACUCUACAGGCUUUGCUCCCUCUGGCUACUUCAUGAACAACCCAUAUCCGCCCUCCUACCCUCAGCAGCCUCCUGCUUCCAACUACCCAGCUCCUCAAGCCCCGCAGGCUUCAUAUCAACAGCGGCCAGCUCCCACCAAUCCCAACGACGCUACCAAUGGUCUUGUCCACCAAUUCUCUCAUCAGAAUCUUGGUGGUCGAGCAUCUCCCUACGGUGGUGCACGUCAACCCUCCCCUUCUCAAAGACCUCGCACCGCUGGUGCUACAGGACAGCAGGUAAGUUAUAGUAACUACUUGAACGCCCCGAUGCCCGCCGCUCCCCAACAGCAGAACUGGCCCGAAUUCCAACCGGCUCCGGAGAGAAAUCCAGAUAAAUAUGGACCGUUGGCUCAGACGAACCAGAAGCGCUGUGCUCAACUCGCAGAGGCAUUCUUCAAGGAUAGUGUUAGGAGAGCACGAGACCGCAACGUAAGACAGAGCGAGAUGGAGCAGCGCCUUGCAGACCCAAACCAAUCCCAGGCAAGACGAGAGCAGACGUGGUCAAAUGCCGGAAAGCAGGAGGGCAAAUAUCUUCGAUUCCUACGAACCAGAGAUGCACCGGAGAACUAUCAAACCCUUAAAAUCAUCGGAAAGGGCGCUUUUGGGGAGGUCAAGCUCGUCCAAAAGAAGCAAGAUGGAAAGGUCUACGCCAUGAAGUCUCUCAUCAAGAGCGAGAUGUUCAAAAAGGACCAACUGGCUCAUGUCCGUGCGGAACGUGAUAUCUUGGCCGAGUCGGACAGUCCAUGGGUUGUGAAGCUCUACACCACCUUCCAGGACGCGGACUUCCUUUACAUGUUGAUGGAGUUCUUGCCAGGUGGUGAUCUCAUGACUAUGCUCAUUAAAUAUGAGAUUUUCUCGGAGGACAUCACACGAUUCUAUAUUGCUGAGAUCGUUCUGGCCAUUGAGGCGGUUCAUAAGUAUGGUUUCAUUCAUCGUGAUAUCAAGCCUGACAACAUCCUGCUCGACCGUGGUGGACAUGUCAAACUCACCGAUUUCGGUUUGUCAACUGGCUUUCACAAGCUGCAUGACAAUUCCUACUACCAACAGCUGCUCCAAGGAAAGUCCAGCCGACCAACUAACCGGAACUCUGUCAACCUUGACCAGAUAAACCUCACUGUGAGCAACCGAAGCGUGAUCAAUGAUUGGAGAAAGUCUCGUCGGGUUAUGGCGUAUUCUACUGUCGGUACUCCUGAUUACAUUGCUCCAGAAAUCUUCAGCGGCCAUGGUUAUACUCAGGAUUGCGAUUGGUGGAGCUUGGGUACGAUCAUGUUCGAGUGCCAAGUCGGAUGGCCUCCGUUCUGUGCUGAGGAUGCUCACGAUACGUAUCGCAAGAUCGUUAACUGGCGCCAAUCCCUGUACUUCCCAGAAGAUGUUCAAUUAGGUCCCGAGGCUGAGAAUUUGAUUCGAAGCCUCGUUUGCAAUACUGAGAACCGUCUGGGCCGGGGAGGCGCUGAUGAGAUCAAGGCACACAAGUUCUUCCGUGGUGUUGACUUCGAUGGAUUGCGCCGGAUUCGAGCACCGUUCGAGCCCAAGCUUUCCUCCAACGUUGACACAGCCUACUUCCCAACGGAUGAGAUCGACCAAACAGACAACGCAACUCAUAUGAGAAUUGCAGCAGAGGCCAGUAACCAGCCGCGAGUUGACGCCCCUGAGUUGAGCUUGCCAUUCAUUGGCUAUACGUUCAAGAGAUUCGACACUUACGCCAACAACCGCUGA